GCAAUCAAAAGUUGUGGGCAAUGAAAGCAAGAAAACCAGUUGAAAUAUUACCUUCAAAUUUGUAUCUUCUUUACUUAUUUCUUCCACUAAUUCUGCAUGAAUUGGGAACUCCAAAUCUUACUUCAUCUUUAUAAGAAAAAGAUAAAAAUACAAUAUAAAUAGCCCCUUCCAUCAACAAAGCAAAUUUGUAUAGCAAAUAGUGGGGUGAAAGCAGAGGAAACACCAUCCUGCCUUCUCCGAUUAUUUUAUUUUUCUCUUCUUGUUUCCUUCCUUCUCUCCCUCUUUCCAUGCUCCCUCCCUCCCUGUCAUUUCAGAAAGUAAAAACAAUCUCUUAGAUUCUACUAUAUGUGCAUUUGAGUGCUCAUCACCAUCACCAUCCUUCAUUUCUUGCAGAACUGCCCCAUCUUUUUUUUAGGAAGAAUCCAAGAUCAAUCCUUUGUGUCUUCUUGCCUGAAAAAAUUUGGAGGGGAGGAAAAAUGGGUGACCCGUGGGAAUUCGCUGUACAUGCGAUAAAUGGGAGGUGGUUCUCUGUUUUUGCCUCUUUUUUAAUCAUGGCUGGAGCUGGUGCUACAUAUCUGUUUGGCACCUACUCAAAAGACAUAAAAGCCACACUUGGUUAUGACCAAACUACUCUCAAUCUCUUAGGAUUCUUUAAGGAUCUGGGUGCCAAUGUCGGGGUCUUUUCUGGGCUUCUAGCUGAAGUGACACCAACAUGGUUUGUGCUUCUGGUAGGUUCUGCCAUGAACUUUGCAGGGUACUUCAUGAUUUGGCUAGCUGUGACUCAGAAGAUAGCCAGGCCAGCUGUUUGGCAGAUGUGUUUGUAUAUUUGUAUAGGAGCCAAUUCCCAAAAUUUUGCAAACACAGGAGCUCUUGUCACUUGUGUGAAGAAUUUCCCAGAAAGUAGAGGGGUGAUGUUGGGUCUGUUGAAGGGUUUUGUUGGGUUAAGUGGAGCUAUCCUGACACAAUUUUACCUAGCCAUCUAUGGAACUGAUUCAAAGUCUCUCAUUCUUCUCAUUGGGUGGCUCCCAGCUGCUUUAUCUGUGAUUUUUGUGUAUACAGUUCGGGAAAGGAAGCCUGAGAGGCAACCUAAUGAGCUCAGGGUUUUUUACCAUUUUCUCUACGUGUCAAUUGUGCUAGCUUUGUUUCUCAUGGCUAUGAAUAUAGUUGAAAAACAGGUUGAUUUCUCCAAAGCAGCCUAUGCUGGAAGUGCCGCUGUAGUCUGUGCCAUGCUUUUUGUACCUCUCAUUAUUGCCAUUAGAGAGGAUUGGGUCCAAUGGAACCUCAAGAAUCAAGAUGGAAUGAAGCCUGCUACAGAGACAACCGUUGACAGGGCACUAGAUAUUGCACCAGAAGUGAAGUCUGAAGUCUCAAAAGAUAAAGAGGAGAAGGCUAAAGAAUCUUGUUUCGUCAGCAUAUGUCACAAGCCAGAGAGAGGUGAAGACUACACAAUCUUACAAGCACUUUUGAGCAUGGAUAUGCUAAUCUUAUUUGCUGCAACAUUUUGUGGCCUUGGUGGAAGCUUAACAGCAGUAGACAACUUGGGCCAAAUUGGUGAAUCCCUAGGAUAUCCAACUAAAACCAUCAAAUCCUUCGUUUCACUAGUGAGCAUAUGGAAUUAUUUUGGAAGGGUAUUUUCUGGAUUUGUUUCUGAAAGCUUAUUAGUGAAGUACAAGAUGCCUCGGCCCCUGAUGAUGACAUUUGUUCUCCUUUUGGCAUGCGUAGGCCACCUCCUCAUUGCCUUCCCCUUCCCGGGUUCAGUCUAUGUAGCAUCGGUGAUUAUGGGGUUCGCAUUUGGUGCACAAUUGCCAUUGCUGUUCGCUAUAAUCUCUGAGCUCUUUGGCCUAAAGUACUACUCUACAUUGUUCAAUUGUGGACAGUUAGCUAGUCCUCUUGGGUCAUAUAUACUUAAUGUGAAGAUCACUGGACACUUGUAUGAUCAUGAAGCACUGAAAGAGCUAGCAAAGAAGGGUAUGAAUAGAUCAUCAGUGAAGGAACUGAUCUGCAUGGGGGUCCAGUGUUACAGGGUACCCUUUAUAAUUUUGUCUUCUGUGACAUUGUUUGGUGCUCUUAUUUCACUGGUUUUGGUGAUGAGGACAAGGAAAUUUUACAGCAGCGAUAUAUACAAGAAGUUUAGAGAGAUUCAUGGAGUGAGCUGAGAUUGAGAACAAGCUCAAAUAAGAUUGAGAGAAGGUGAUCACAAGAAGGCCACUGUACUAGCCAAAUUGAUUGUAUUACCAUUAUUUAUCUAAUUGGGAACUUCCACGUUCGUUG